UUUGAAGGUUUUCAUCUAUUGCGUGGCUUUAAAGGCUUGAGAUUAUUUCUGCUGAUCCAAACUACUGAAAGGCUAUAGUGUCCCCAAGGCACCAUGGACCAGUCACUGCAAUUCUCUCGACAGAAGGAAGACCUUCUUCGCACAGUGCGCUCGGUGCAGGUGGCAUCCCAGAACACCUUACAUAAAGCCGUUCCUCUCCUGUCUUCUCAGCCUGGGCUUGGUCUCCUUCAUUCCUCACAGCUACACCAGCUCACCCAAAAGACCUCUCAAUUUUGCCGGGACUUAGAAGAUGUGGGCAACCUUUUGCUUUUCCGUCAGGAUGAAAUGAUCCAUACAUUUGCGUUGCCCAAGACUUGUGGUGCUAGUUCUAUCUGUUUGUGCCCAGAUGGCUCCCUCUAUGUAUGUGGUUAUGACAGUCCUACUGUCCAUUUGUUGAACAGCAAUGGGAAACCCAUUCAAGUUCUACGUUGUUGGGAUGAAGAUUUUUUUCUUCCGGACUGUCUGACUAUGACACGGUCCGGCUCUGUAGCAGUCACUGACCUUUCCAAAGGGCUAGUGCGCAUUUAUAACCCCAACUCACAGCCCUCUUGGGUGAGGGUCGGAGGGAAUUUUGAGUCUCCACAGGGCAUAGCAAUGGAUUCCUCUGGACGCCUCUUAGUUGCACAAUACACUCCUGGAGCAGUCCUGGCAUUUCAUGUAGACAGAGCUUAUCGUAUUCAUAAAGUUAAGCAAGCCACCGGCUUAAAGGGUCCAACCUAUAUCUGUGCCACUCCAGACGGCGGCUUUGCAGUAAGCGAGGAAUGUGGAGAUGUGAAGCGAUUUACAAGCAAUCUAAAACUUGCUUACUCUCUCUCAAAAACUUAUCAGCACAGCUUUGGGAAUCCGGUUGGAAUAUGUGUGGAUCCAGAAGGCAAUAUCAUGGUUGUUGAUCAACAGCACAGAAAUGUCACCCUUUUCCCUUCAAGUGGAUCACCUAUUUGUGUUGUAUCAAAGGGCCUGUGUAGGCCAACUGGCAUAGCUUGCUCGCCUCUUGGGCAAUUAUUUGUAAUCGAUUCUGCUGACAACUCUGUGAAGGUUUAUAAGUACCGGGUACGUCCUUAUUAUAAUCCAACCAGCCCUAGGAGAUCGGUGGAAAAGCCCUAGCAAAUAAUGGAUAAACUAUAGGAAAACAGCGUUGAAUUUUUAGAAAGCACAUGGUUGUGUAGGAUCAUUUGUAUACUCAUAUACAUACAUAUAUGUGUAUGAAUUAUACAUGAAAGUUAUUUUAUGAAAAACUUCUAAACACUGAUAAAAAUAAAGAUGGCUUGAAUUUUAAGGUGAUGUUUAAAGGGGCGAUUCACCUUUAAGCUAACUUUAAGUAAGAUAUAGAAUGGCUAUUUUUAAGCAAUUGCCCCUCAUUUGUUUCUUUUUA